ACCCAGUCUAUCAUCCACGAAUUAGUCACUGAAAUGCACGGGAACCAGAGGGAACUGGAGAAAAGAGUCAACAAAAUUGAGGAGAAACUAGCUCAGCUGCAGGUAAACCUGGACACGUUGCCAGAGAUGAUCGCCAGAUCUAUAACUCAAGCCACUGUGCCCCAGCACCGACAAGAGUUGUCCGACAUGCGCAUGCCAGUAUCCAGACCUUUGUCAGACUUCGCCGGGCUCAGGAGAACUACUAACCCUCGUCAAAGAAGACCAUUUCAGCAGCAGUUCUCCUUGCGGGAAAUGCCUAUUUAUGACCGGUCAUCAAACUCAGGCAGAGAAGACGAGAACGCUGAUCCGGGCAUUCGGACGCCAGAAGAUGCGCAGCCUAUGGUUUGA